AUGCCGAGCACGUACUGCUACUUUGACAUCACCAUUGGUGGGAAGCCGAGGAGAGAGCGGGUUGUGUUGGAGCUGUUCGCGGAUGUGACGCCCAAGACGUGCGAGAACUUCCGCCAGCUGUGCCUCGGCAACGAUGGCAAGAGGGUGGAGGGGACGGAGGUGCCCAUGACAUACCAGGGCUGCACUUUCCACCGUGUAAUCCCGGGCUUUAUGAUUCAGGGCGGUGACUUCACCAACCACAACGGCACCGGCGGCGUCUCUAUCUACGGCGAGAAGUUCGAAGAUGAAAACUUCACCAUUCCGUGCGACAAGAGCGGUCUGCUCGCCAUGGCCAACGCCGGCGCCAACACGAACGGCUCGCAGUUCUUCAUCACGACGGCGCCGGCGACACACCUGACGGGCCGCCACGUCGUUUUCGGUCGCGUUGUCCGUGGCAUGAACACGGUGCGCGCCGUCGAGCAGACCCCUACAGGUGCUAACGACAAGCCUGUGGCGGACUGCGUUAUCGCCGGCUGCGGCACGCUGGAUGGAUUGCCGGAGGAGGAGCCGACCGCCGAUGGCGACGCGUACCCCGACUACCCAGAAGACGCUGAGUCUCCUAUGGACGACGCCAAGCGCAUCGAGGCCGGCGAGGCGAUUCGCCAGAUUGGCAACUCCCACUUCAAGAAUGCCGCCUACGAUUCGGCCAUCGAGAAGUACGCGAAGGCGGUGCGCUACCUGAAUCAGGUGGAAAACAAGGACGGUCACCCCGAGGUCGACGAGAAGCUGAUUGCCUGUUACAACAACCACGCAAUGUGCGCCAUCAAGCUUCAGCAGUGGUCGGAGGCUCGCCACACGGCGUCUCUUGCGCUCAGUGUGGACGCGAAGAACGCCAAGGCGUUUUUCCGCCGAGGCACGGCGGUGCUGAAAGCGGGCGAUGCAGACGGUGCUGUCGAGGAUCUGACGCAGGCGCAUCAGAUUGAGCCGGAGAACGCCGAGAUCACAGCAAAGCUGAACGAGGCAAAGGAGAAGGUGAAGGCCCAAAAAGCAAAGUUGGCGGCCAAUCUAAAGAAGAUGUUCUCGUGA